AUGUCGACACAACAGCAAGCCAUGAUUAUGGAUACGCUCCUCACACUGAGGCGGACGCGGAAGCGCAAAGCCCACGACUCCGACUCCGACUCUUCAAUCGACGAAACCACGAACCGCGGGAACAAGCUGAAGAAGAGAGCGAGAUUUGUCCACGAAGGCCGGCUGGCGUCGUCUAUGGGACCCGCGGCGUACAAGGAGGUGGGUGUUGGCGCCACAAGGAUCGUGAUGAUGGGUUGCGGACUGGGACUGACGAGAUUGCAGAUCGCAGAACAUGCCGGGUACCAACGCGCAAUCAUCAACCUCAACCCGCCCUUGAUUGACGAGGACGGCUACGACAUCGACAGCGACGAUGACGAGGAGCAGGUUCAGGAGGCCAUUGCCUCAGCCUUGGAGGAAAACCCUUACUCGUCAGUCCGGCUCGAGCUUGGCGACAACACCUGGGCGCCCUGCGGGCUCAUGACGGCCCCCGACAACCGCGAUGCAGUGCUAUUUAGCGACACAGCGAGUUUUUUUAACCGCCCAGUCGGCCGCGCCCCCACAAGGUCCCAACAUCCGGCGCAAACGGCGUCUUUUAAGAGCAUAUUUACAGAGUCGGCGGUACGAGGAACAGCGCAAGGUGCGACCCAGUCACGAACCCACGCCGGGCAAGACAGGGAACCAGGCGAGAAGGCAAACGGAAGGGAAUCACCCGCAGACGCACAAUCAGACAAUUACGGUAAAGACGGAUCCGGCAAGGGACCAGCCACGACUAAGAGCCUGGAAAAGGGCGGCCAAGCUGGUGGGAUCGCGGAUCACGAAGGGCAGAACGACGGUGUCCUUGUUAACGGGGACACUUCCUCAGCCAAACCCGGUGCGACUGAGGGUCGGGACGUGGAAAUGGUCGAGCCAUCUGCCGCAGACCAAGAGCGACCAAACAGAAACGGGGUUCCCCCACCGCCAGAUAUGCUCGCCGCGUUUCCGCUCCCCGAGAUCACCGGUGAGCUCUUCAUACACCCGCUCUUCCAGCUCCCACCAGCCGCGCGGCCGGACCGGAACCUGGGCCUCCCCGACCAGGAAGCGGAGGAGGUGCGGCGCCUACUGCUGUUAUACGUGCAGAAGCAGGAGGAGAUCUGCCGGGGCACCAAGCGGCUGUACGAGGGGCUGCUCAAGGCAGACCGGCUCCGCCAGACGGUGUGGCACUGGUCCAAGGCCGAGGCGCACUCCGGGCCCAACCGCGACAUGUCGGACGGCGAGGACUGGUACGACAAGGAGGCGUGGGGCCUGACGGAGGACCUGAAGAAGGGGGAGGACGAGGUCGAGGAGGAUACGGCGCAGACGCAGAAGAAGACGCGGAACCGCAAGUGA